AUGUUUGAUACCAAGCUGUUCCUCAGUUUACCAAUCGAUAUACGGUAUACUGUUUACUUCUUUUUGGGCGACGUUGUGCAAAAUGUAAGACCACCUGCUAAAUCAGAUAUCUUUAACGAUGAGCUUAUUGCCUAUCCUAAUAUAAGGGAGUUCAAUCAAUCUCUGGUGGAUAAGUACUCUAAACAUAUUGGUGUAUAUGACUAUAUACCAAAUUUCAUUCCCAAUUGGUGCCGAGACUUCGAUUUGCUUCGACAUGACAUAAUACUUACUGAUCGACUGCGGGUUUGUUUACAAUAUGAGGAACAAUGGUUUAGUGUCCAAUGGAUCGUAGUGUCAGGUGAGCUUGAAAUAGGAAUAUUCACUACAGAUGAGCAGUUUCUACAGGUGAGUUAUACCAUUAACGAGUAUUGCCAUCUUUUGAGUAUUGCACAACAAGAUUUGAGGUUAGGAAUUAACGUCAGUGAUAUCAAUGAUGUCAAUGAAUUAUGCAAAGAGAUACAACACCGCUGGCUAUUUGAUACAGUUUCAUAUAUUAGUUUCAUCAAUUGCUGGGAUUUAGAUCAUGAGAACGUCGUUUCUAUCAUUCCAUGCAUGGAGUCGUUCAAUAACUUGCACAUGCUUCGCAUUGAAUCGAAGAACAUGUUUAAUAACCUGAUUAAUACUCAAGGAGUUCGAGAGAACCCUGGUAAGACAAUAGUAUACAAUGUCCGACAAAAUAUAUUCGAAUUAGAGCUGUAUACGUUGAGGGAUUUGGGGUACAAAUCUGUUGUUGAUUUACAAAAAUGGGAACAACUUCAAUGUCUUUCCUUAUCAGGUUGCGAAUUCAUAGACCUCAAUAACCUUAUUUUACCACAACAUUGCAAGAUGUUGAUAUUAAAAGAAGUGAAGUAUAUCAUAUGGUGGGACCUGUCUCAUCUGUUGAAACGAAUCAGGCCUCAAUGGAUUAUAAAUGGUCAGGUGAAAAAACCCACGAAGAAAGAAGAAGAAGAGGAAUCAGAAUGGUAUAACCUUUAUUUAGAAGUGGUACAAACAUACCAACCUCUGAAUUUCAUAGAACUGCACAACGCCAAGCGAGUUAAAGGAAAUCUAAUAUUACCUGCUCGUUUAGUAACCGAAUCUAGAAUAAAGAUUUCUAAUGGGACUAAGGUAGAUUCUGUUUUACUGAUAUAA